UUCCGGGUGUGACCCGGAAGUGGUCGUUGUGUGUGCGUGUGUGUAUCAGGUCAAGCGUAGACGUGGGUUUGUGUGUGUCGCUGCGGGACUCACGUCGGUUUGGGGGGAUAAUCUGGUAAAUGUAUCGCUGUGGUGGAUAAUUAAAGAUCCCGAGACCAGGAAGGAAGUUCUUGUAGUCGCGAGCAGGAAGCGUGUAAUAAAACCCGGAUGUAAUGGAACUGAGAGGGAGAAGCAGUUAGCGCGCGCACAUACGCCGGGUUUUUUUUUUUCCGCGAUCCGAGAUCCGAAUCAUCUUCACGAUUAUCUGCAGUUAGUUCCAGCUUCCAGGCAGUGCCAUGGCGCCCAUGGGGAUCCGGCUGUCCCCGCUUGGUGUGGCGGUGUUCUGCCUGCUCGGGCUCGGCCUCCUGUACCACCUGUACUCUGGGGUCCUGUCCAGCAGACUGGCCGCUUUCAGGCAGAAGAAGACGGUGGACCUGAGGGAUCUCCUCGCCUUGUCCAUAGAGGCUGCAGUGCAGGGAGGCUGGGAGGUGAAGCGCAUCCGCAUGGAGGACACACUGGAGGAGAAAUCCAAGGGCAAAACCAAAGAAGGAGCCUCAGAGAAGCUCACCAUGGGGGAUUUAAACUCGCACAGGAAGAUGUACUACCUGAUCACAAACACGUACCCUUACCUCCAGGUGAACUCUGAGGAACACGAUAACUCGGACGGCGAGGCGACGGUGUGGAGUCGGAACAUCCCGAGUGAGGUGCAGACGAAGAUCCCGGAGGGCAAAGUCGUACCUGCUGAGAGUGUAACCGUGUGGAUCGAUCCACUCGACGCCACGCAGGAGUACACCGAAAACUUGAGGAAGUACGUGACGACGAUGGUUUGUGUGGCUGUGAACGGGGAACCUGUUGUAGGUGUGAUCCAUAAACCUUUCACCGGCUUCACAGCAUGGGCGAUGGUGGGCGGAGGAGCGAACGUGGCACCGCGAGACUCCUACAACGCCAACUCCCCCAAGGUCAUCGUGUCACGCUCGCACGCAGGCAAGGUCAAAGGCUUCAUUCAGCAGGCGUUCGGGAACAAUACCGACAUCAUACCAGCAGGGGGCGCAGGAUAUAAAGUUCUCGCCCUGCUGGACGCUUCCGAUGAUGAGUAUGAGAAGGCAGACAUGUACAUCCACGUGACCUACAUCAAGAAGUGGGACAUCUGCGCCGGGAACGCCAUUUUGAAAGCGCUCGGUGGUCACAUGACCACGCUGAAGGGGGAGGAUAUCGAUUACUCGGGCUCAGAGAAGAACCCCGGUGGCGUUCUCGCCACCAUCAACAUCGACCACGACGCCGUGGUGCAAAAGCUGCCGGCCUGGGAGCAGAACAAAAACUGACCAAGAGGGGUCGGGGUACCGCAGACUGGAACGCUCGGGAACCGGAGACGGAACGCACAACCGGCGUUCCACACGCAGACACGUGAGCUUCGGCACGUACUUAGCGUUUAACGGCGCUCUGCUUCCGGAGUGAUAUUCGAUGAGAGACAGUUUACGGACGGCACGGCCGCGUCGUUUACUCUUUAUCUCCGGACUUUAGUUCCCCUGAUCCUGAGUAGCAUCUGGUCUGUAGGUGUCCAUGCUAGCGGAGGUGCAUCGAUCCUGGAUACCUAAUUAGCAUUAACCAAUCAGGAGCCUCGUUCUUUCGCUUUGUCGUUUAAACAGGAUCUUUAACGGAAAGUCAGAAGACUUUUUUCAUGCCGUCUCCGCACCCAGACGGACUCACGAGCGUCUCGGUGCUCAGUGCUCGCUCAACUGACCUGCUCUCGCAUCCUGCAGUCUGUAGGUGCACUCGCUUUACAUCCGUCGCCAUUAAAUAUAUAUGUUUCUAUGUUUUAUCAGGUUUUUGCUAUGAUCAGGAGAUUCCUUUUCUCACCGUGCGGUUUGCAGUGGCUUCGGUUUUCCGUCACGUCUCACGUCUGUAUUUGUUUCAGGAGUUCAGGUGUUGAUGCGUCCCUGCGUACUCGAGCAUAAAACGUUAGGGUAUUUAUAUAUUCUUUAUUUUAAAUAUAACAUUAUGGUGUUAUGAAAUCCCCAGACUGCAACUCUUUUAGAUGCAACAUGCAGCCAAAACUUUGUGGACCCCCGAGCGUGUGCUCCUUUUUGAACUUCCACACUGUGUCCCAAAGCACAGCUGGAAAAACUGGGUGUCCGUAUACUUUUGGCCAAAACGUGUAUAUUCGGAAUUUAAAUUCAUUUCAGACUCCACCUGCAGCCUCGUCUCGUACGGAGAAGCAAAAGUGCUACGAGGUCAAGUGUCCACCCUGAUUGCAGUAUCAGAUGCUCCCGUGUGUGUGUGUGUGUGUGUAUGUGUGUGUGUGUGUGCUUGAGUUUAACAUACACAGGUCAUGUGUGUCACUAAAACAGACACCAUGAUACAGUGUUUACAGUGGGAACGUAUUUGCGUCCGCAUCCUGCUUCCUUCUGGAUUCUGGUUCUCCAAGAUGUUCAGCCGAGGUGAAGAUCAGUACGUGUUCAUAGAUAACAGGAAGUCGUCACAGAGCUGCUGAAUUAUUCAUUCUGAUUGGUUCUAAUAUCCUUAUCGUUUCUAUAGUAAGAGCAAACUCUGGUUCGACACUGCUAGCGUUUCCAUAGUAACAGCAAACAGUCUGCAGGGACUCGUACAGCGAACGCUGUGGUUCCGAUCUCCGUAUCGGGUCCACAGUAACAUCGAUCGCUCGUUCUGAUCGUUAUAGUUUCCAUAGUAACAGCGGACACUGCUUCUAUUUCGCUAUCGUUUUCAUAGUUACAGCGAACACUGGUUCUAAUACCCGUAUCGUUUCCAUAGUAACAGCGAAGGCCGUUUCUAAUAUCCUUAUCGUUUCCAUAGUUACAGCGAACACUUGUAAUAUCAUUAUCGCUUCUACAGUAACAGCAAACGGGGAUGUUAAAAUCAUUAUCGUUCCCGUAGUAACAGCGAACACUGGUUCUAAUAUCCUAAGCGUUUCCAUAGUAACAGCCAAUACUGGUUCUAAAAUCCUUCUUGCUUCCAAAGUAACAGCGAACACUUACACUAAUAUCGCUAUCGUUUCCAUAGCAGCAGUAAACCCUGGUUCUGUUAUUUUUAUCGUUUCCAUAGCAAUGUCGAACGGUUUGCGGAAUCGUACACGAGUUGAACGGCGCGUGUAAACACGUGAUGAUUUUGUUCAUCAAAGUCUAUUAGUACCGUAGUCCGGUGUUGUUCCUGACUUCUCUCCAGCGCAGAUGAUCUCGAACACGACUCGCUGGUCCACUUCCUGUAGCCUUUCAACAGAAUGACGUGAAAUGUGUGAGUUUUUUCUGCUGAACUCUUCCUUCAGUCUCCUCAGUUGUAAAUGUGUAACAGUUUAUGAUUUUUUUUUUCUUUUGAGCGGGUGUAAUAUUUUCAGUGUGUGUUUUAUUUUUAUUUCGCAAUUAAAGAGCGGACAAACGAACAGUUGUGGGUUUAAUGUAGCACUAGACCCUGGUCCCAGUGGCUCCUUUCCCUCCACCCUCCUGCAUGAAAACAUGUGUAAACACAGCACACGAUCACUAAAAGUGGUUUGCUGUUCAACUCCUGCAUGUGCUCUGUUCGCUAUGAGUGAAGUAUUUCAUUCAUUUCUUUGCAUUGAAAUAAAAAGCAACUUUUUGUUGGUGGUCUUGAA